AGGGCUGCUUGCCCCUGUCCGCAUGGCAGUGUCUGGAUGUGACAGGCGGUGUGCUGCGGGGGCUGAAGCACAUCCAGAGCCAUGGGGUCGUGCAUGGCCGCAUACACCCUCGCAACAUCCUGCUUGACACCGCCCUGCAGCCUGUCUUGGCUGGUUGCAUGGCCGUGAAAAUGGGCGACCCCCUCCCAUCCAUUCCAACAGCAACAGCACCAUCACCAGCGCCAGCGCCAUCAGCAGGGAGGGUGACGCGGCCACCUGCCAACCAUGCAUACAUGGACCCAAUCCUGCAUGCCUCUGCUCGCACCACGCCCUCCACCGAUGUCUUCAGCAUUGGUGUGGUGAUGCUGCAGCUCAUCACUGGACGCCCCGCCCUCAUACCAAAAGCUGCUGGCAACGACUGGCAAGACAACAACCCUGACGCCGAGGGUGGUGGUAGUAGCAGCAACAGCAGCAACAGCAUCGGCACAAAUAGUUACAACAGCAGCAACAGCAUGAGCAGCGGCUUUAGUGGCAGCGGCAGCAGAAGCGCAGUGCACAUUCGGGACUGG